AGUUCGUCAAGUUUUGAAAACAUCUUAGCAGGUACUGCUAUGACAUCAAAUUAUGUAAAACAUCUCUAGUAGUUUGAGACGAAAAAGUACUGUUAAUCUCUUAAUGAAGACUUAAUAUGGGGUGGUUUUCCACUGUUGCAUUUUUAUUGCUAAUUGGGMCUUCUAUGCAAGCCCCUAAGCCCAAUAGCAUAGACGGUGAARCAACUAAUCGCCUUCAAAACCAUGAUUAUGAGCAGACUAGUCAUGUGGAAGACGAAUCAGCAAGUAGUUCAGCCAGCUCAAGCAUCGAUCAAGAUGACCUACAAGGACACACUGAAUCGUCAAGCGAUGAUCCAGAAGAAAAUGAGGGUUCAAAUGACGACGAUGUCGAUUCUGUGGGCUCAUAUAUUAAAAAGAGUGCCGUCAGAAGGGCACCACAAACCAACCCUACAAACAUUGACUCCGAUGCAUCUUACAUUUCACGCGAAGAUCAGGACGAUGGAACCGUUCGCGAUGCAAUACUUGGGAAAAAUAACGAUAAUGGCGAUAAUGAUGACGAUAAAAAUGAUGAUGAAGAUGAUGCUGGCAGUAACCGUGAUGAAGCGACAUCAACAUUACAAGGAGAUUCUGUGGCGUCGUACAUCAAACAGGAAAAUGGAUAUACAAAAGAUACAAUAGGUAGUGCAAAGCCUUUAGAUGAGGACUCGGUAGCGCCUUACAUUGCUAUGAAUAAAGGAUCGCCCAGACAUUCCAUACCACAAUCAGAUCAUAAUAAUCCAACAAUAACACUCAAAAAAUCGAAUGCCCUAAAAGGUUUGGAGGGAGAUUCAGUUGCGCCUUAUAUUGACAUAGGAGAUGGAUCAUCUAGAGAUACUAUACCGUCACAAUCUAAUCCCGAUAUAAAUGAACCUAUUUCACCAAAAACAGACUCUGUAGGCCCUUAUAUAAGCCUUGUAGAUGAGGACAAUCAGCAAUCGGAUACAGAAUCCUCCACUCAUAGUGAAGGAAGCGGUGAGGUACAAGAGCUGUCCGGAGAUUUGGAUUCUGAAGACCAUAAGUCUCGCAAGACCCAGGAAAUCCUUCAAGGUCUGGAAAACAUAUCAACAGAGGAAAGAAAAGUAGUGAAAAGUUCGAAAAUGGAUCAGUUAAGUCCAGAUGUCAUUAAACCCCAUCAAAUGGUGUCAGAAUUUUGGCUGGAGAGAUCAGCUUUUUCAUCACCGACGCCACAAAUGAGCAGUACACCAUACGAUGACGAGCCAUUUAAUGACCAAACGAUGUUCACCCAACCUCAAUACAUCUAUGUAGACUUAAAACAAGCAGAUCAAAAAGGAGCAGUUUGUUUAGAUGGCUCCACCCCAGGGUUUUUCUACAGGCAAGGUUUGGGUAGUGGUCAGAAAAAGUGGAUUAUAUACCUCCAGGGAGGAGCAUGGUGUCAUUCUAAGAUGGAUUGCUAUGAACGCAGUCAAUCAAACUUAGGCUCCUCUUUGAAAUUCAACACCCUUAUCAACGUCGAAGGACUUCUGAGUCGCGAUUUCAAAUCAAACCCUCAUUUCUAUGACUGGAAUGUUGUGUAUGUACCUUACUGUGAUGGUGCAUCCUACACAGGGAACCGUACCAAACCCGUCGAAAUCAAAGACAAGAUGAUAUACUUCAGAGGAAAGAGAAUUCUCAGUUCUUUAAUGGAUGAUUUGCUAGGGUAUGGAAUGAACGACGCUGAAAACGUUGUCUUCUCAGGCACAUCUGCCGGUGGUUUGGCAGUUCUCCUACAUGCAGACUACGUUAGAAGCCGCAUCCCCUCGAAGGUUAAUGUCUAUUCUUUAGCAGAUGCAGGAAUCUUUUUGAAUGUUGCUAACAUGAAAAAGAAAAAUCAGUUUGGAGAUUUAAUGUCAAAGGUUUACAAGCUACAUGGUUCAUCUAAGUCGAUCAAGCACAARUGUGCAGUUCAUGAAGGCAGAGGCAACCGCUGGAAGUGCCUCUUUCCCUAUUACUUUGGAAAGUACAUCGAUUCUCCUGUGUUUGUCAUCAAUCCACUUUACGACUCAUGGCAGCUGGGAAAUGUAAUUGGAAUCCAUUGCACUAAAAAUCUUAACAAAUGUUCCAAGAAAGAAAUGAGAGCCAUAAUUGACUUUCGAAAAAGAACUCUAACGGCCUUAGAACCUUUAAUGAAAAAUCCAAACGUCACCCUUUUUGCCGAUGGCUGUUUUGAUCAUGGGCAAAUUACGUUUGGACCCAAAUGGAAUGAGAUCCGCGUAAAGAAUCGUUCAAUGUCCGGGUCUUUUGCCCGUUGGAUGCWGAAAGAAGAAAAUACAAGAGCAAUUGUGGAUCCUGAAUUAGAAGAUCAGCUUUUUAACCCUACAUGCGUAACGCAUAACAUAAAGAUCUCCAAAAAGUCUUUUACUAAUGAUUAAUGAUUGGUUUACUGCAAAAUUUAACCAAUUGAAUUGAAAAACGGUGUCAAGUACUUUCACGAUAACACGCACUAUAAGAUCAUAGACACUGAGACUGAAAUAGCAUCGAUAAACUAACAAUGUGAURUGAUCGUUGAUAGCAUGAAUGAGACUCAGAAAUGAGGUCAAAAUAAGCAAGACAAUAGUGCAACCACAUGCAAGCAAACUAAAACAAUAUUAACAAUUUUGUCCAAGUUGGAUUGCUAACUUAACUUUCUUCUGGUUUGCCUUAUUAUCGAAAUCUACAAAUUGUCAGUAGCUCAAUGCUGAAACACUUCUAAUUUUAAUGUAGCUAUGCAUUUUAGAAUAAAGAUUUUUUUCUAUU